AUGGCCGCAGCUUUGUCUCUCUCUCUUGCCUCUAUAGCAGCCCCAUCAAAUUCCUUGAAAUCACAAAAAUCACUUCGCAACCACAAUUCAUUUCGUUCUAUAUCUUCCCUCUCCAACCGCAACCUAAUUCAUAAGCCACUUCACCUUCAUGUAGGCCGGUCUACGAAGGUUUUAUCGAUGUCUAAAGAGAAUCCUUCGUUUUCUUUGAAAGUUGGUGCCUCAUUUAGUAAGAAGGAGAAAAUCUCUCCAGCUGUCCAAGAAAAAGAAUCACAAUUUGAAGCUCAUUGUGAUGUUUCUGCGACUGGCAAGUCUAUGCAAUCCGCACCAGAUUCCGGGAUGGUUUCUUCGAUUAAAAAGAAGAUAGGAGAUGCGUUUGGUACCUUUUGGGCUGGUGUUGGAACAGCUAAAAGGGUUUUGGAGCCAGGUGAAAAGGAACCUUUAACUUCCCUUAAUUGUCAGACCUCUGUUUUUAAGAAGGAGAAGAUCACUCUCGGUGGACAAGAUGAGUACAUUGUGAGAGGAGGAAGGGAUUUGUUUCACUUGUUGCCUGAUGCACUCAAGGGGAUUAAGCAGAUUGGUGUCAUUGUUUUGGGUUCCCAGCUCCUCAUUCAUUAUAAGGGUGCUGCCCAAGCUCAGAAUUUAAGGGAUUCUCUUGCUGAAGCCAAGUCUGACAUAAAAGUCAAGAUUGGCCUCAGGACUGGUUCUCGUUCUUUUGCCGAAGCAUGUGCUUGUGGUUUUACUGAAGAGAAUGACACUUUGGGUGAUAUUUGUGAGACUGUUUCAGGAAGUGAUCUAGUGCUGCUAUUGAUUUCUGAUGCAGCACAGACCCUCUUGGCUCAAUCAAACCCCAUCAUCCAUCCUCCAGUGUUUCUUCAAUACCCACACUCUGCAGAACUUCACUCCAAACAUCUUGACAGUAAGGGGAGAUGGACAGACGAUUCUGCAUUAAUAUUCCUACCUGUGAAUAGUUGUCAAACCCUGGAAGUUAGCCUGUUAUGCACUGCAAUUCAGGCAAUAAAACUAUCACUGGGAAUAGCUGUUGACUAUCAGAGUUGGGCAGAUGACUAUAAAAAGGUUCUCUCCCACAUGAAGCCAAACAGCAUCCUUGGGCUUUCCGAUGGAUUUCAUCUUGGGCAUGUGCAGUCAAUGAGACUUGAUUUUCCAAAGAACAUUGGUGUGAUUGCUGUUUGCCCUAAGGGAAUAGGUCCUUCUGUAAGGAGACUCUAUGUUCAAGGAAAAGAGAUCAAUGGUGCUGGAAUUAAUUCUAGUUUUGCAGUCCACCAGGAUAUUGAUGGUAGAGCCACAGAUGUUGCCUUGGCAUGGUCAGUGGCCAUUGGUUCGCUUUUCACAUUUGCCACUACACUAGAGCAGGAAUACAAGAGUGAUAUCUUGAGGGAGCAGGGUGAGUGUAAUUCCCUACAUUUUAUUUCUGCACCUGCUGCUUGA